GCCCAUAUCAAUGGAUUUGCCCAUUACAUCCGGUUCUAUUAUAGUACUCCUUCAUCCACUUGUGGUUCUUAACAUAUCUGAACAUUGGACAAGGACAAAGGUUGCUUUGAAUUCGACAGAAGUCAGUGUUUACGGCGUCCUUUUAGGGAAACAACAAGGCCAUCAUGUAGAAAUAUUCAAUUCCUUUGAGCUUCUUAUUAAUGAAAAUAAUAUGACAGUAGACAAUGAGUUCUUUGUGACUAGGGAAUCUCAAAGUAAACAGGUUUAUCCAGACCUUGACCUGAUCGGUUGGUACACGACUGGUGGGAAAAUUACUGAGCAAGACGAGCUAUUUAACCAACAAAUGCAAGAGUUAAAUGAGUCUCUCCUAGUUUUGAAAUUGGACCCUCUCCAGAGGGGAGGGGAGCAACUACCAGUAAGAAUUUAUGAAUCAGUGGUAGAUAAUGACGGGAAAAUUCAUUUUAGGCAAGUGCCCUACACCUUAGCUACGGAUGAAGCUGAGAGAAUUGGCGUUGAUCACGUUGCUCGAGUGUCGGUGUCCAACACAGGAAUGAGCUCUUCCAUGGUAAUUUGA